GGGGGACCUUUGUGUGUGUGUGUGCUCACAGCACUUCCCCCUAUAGCCUCUGUGGGUUACACGCGGACCUUUGUCUGUGUGCUCACAGCACUUGCCCCUACAUCCCGUGUGGGCUACUCGGGGGACCUUUGUCUGUGUGCUCACAGCACUUGCCCUACAUCCCGUGUGGGCUACACGGGGGACCUUUGUCAUUCCACUGAGCCAGCAGGGAGCACGAAGUGGAAAGGGAAUUUUUUAUUCAUUUGUAAUCUCUUGUGUGUGUGGCGUUUGAAUGUGAUCGCUGCAUUGCGUGUGAUGUGAAUCCUCUUCAUAAUUUAGCCGUUUAUUUAUUUAUUUGAUAAAUAUUUAUUAAAGUGCAAAAUAAAACACGCAGGCACACAUCCCUCGGGUCCUGGCGGGCCCCGGGCCCAAGCGCAAGCGCAGGGCCUACCUUGCCUGAUUUCGCUGCCGGACAAAAGCCCUCGUCGUCCCGGCGCGCCACGGGCCCGGGCCAGGGCCUGCCUUGCCUGAUUCUGCUGCCGGAGAUCUUGCGCGCCUUGCCGCGCGACGGAGUCCGGGUGAGACCGUGAUGGCUUCUUGGAUUGACUUUGCAUCCAUCAAACAAGAAUGUGAAGACAAUACUCGUCUUGAGACCUGGCCAGAUUUGGGGAUGAAAAGCGCAGACAUUCAUGGCGGCGUGGACUUGGCAUGGGCCGUCCCCCCCACCAAAGGUGCGUCAGUUGGUAUAGUCGUGCAUGCGUCAUAAAUAAAUAAAGAGAGAGCGCCAAAAAAUCACACUAAAUCGCUAAUUAUACUUGACGGAUGUGAAAAAUGAAUAACGCAUGCUCACGGCGGGGCUUACGGCAUGGUAACUGGCUAUUUUUAUUUAACGUAAACCCCACCGUUGGAGUGCCAAACCCUUCGCAAGCCCGCGAACACACACAAAGCCAUAAACCGACAAACAGACAAUUUUUUACUUUUAUGUAGAUAUGUAUAGACUACUGUACUGUAGAGGUGAUCACAUGGAUUUCAGAUUAACCGGAGCACACAUUUUUUUAGGUUUAAGCAUGUGACUUGUAAAAACAUUUCCAAGACUAACAAUAUUUAACUAUUUUUAGAUUAUUACUUUGGGAUAAAGGGAAAAUACACGAGUUAUUAAUUUAUGUAAAAAUCUCAGCUGCGUGGUUAACCUGCAAAUGGGAUAAACCGCACAUGCAGAUAAUCGAGAGUCCACUGUAUUACAAUUUCAAUCUAAUUGGAAGUCCAAGACUCCAUUCACAAACUAAGGAACCGCAUCAACGUUGAGGGUGAGAAACGUCCAUAUUUGGGCCGUUAAAAUCUCUUGCUUUUGUAUGCAUUACACCUCCCAUCUAUGGAAUACAACAAAAAACCUCAAUCCACUUAUCAAUUACACUGGCCUUCAAGAGAAAAGAGUAUAUAGUUGGUGAUCUUUCAGGAAAUUAGCAUGGUUGGCUACGUGCGGUGCGAAAGCAGUUGAACAUAAAUAUGGUUGGUUACGUACAAUGCGAAAUAAGUUCAACACAUACACAUGGGGCAAUUAUCCUUCCUUGCAGUACAUAUGAAAAACCAUGCCUUAUUAAUUGCAGCUCAAUUUCCAAAGAAUGUUAAGAUUGAGGGAGGCAGUGAGAGGCCAGAGGAGAUGGCGGAUUCCCGUGCGUGUGUAGCCACUUCAGACCAGGACUACGUCAAGGUGGAAUUGGAGAAGUACGCUGCUCGAGCUGAACUUCUGAAGAAUGUGAAGAUUGAGGGAGCCAGUGAGAAGCCAGAAGAGGUGGAAGAUUCCCAUGGAUUCCUGCCCACUGCAGGCCUGAACUUCAUCAAGGUGGAAUUGGACGAGGAGGACCUUGGAAAAGGCCUGGAUUUUAAUCAGUUCAAAUUUGAGGGAGGAGCCAAUGAGAGACCGAGGGUGACGGGGAGUUCCCGUGGGUGCCCGGCCACUGCAGACCAAAACUUUGUCGAGGUGGAGUUGGAUGAGGAGGACGUUGGCGAAGGCCUGGAUUUUAAUCACUUCAAAUUUGAGAGAAGAGCCAAUGAGAGACCGGCGGUGACGGGGAGUUUCCGUGGGUGCCCGGCCACUGCAGACCAAAACUUUGUCGAGGUGGAGUUGGAUGAGGAGGACGUUGGUGAAGGUCAACUUCCAAAGAAUGUUAAGAUUGAGGGAGGCAGUGAGAGGCCAGAGGAGAUGGCGGAUUCCCGUGCAUGUGUAGCCACUUCAGACCAGGACUACGUCAAGGUGAAAUUGGAGAAAUAUACUGCUCGAGCUGAACUUCUGAAGAAUGUGAAGAUUGAGGGAGCCAGUGAGAGGCCAGAAGAGGUGGAAGAUUCCAAUGGAUUCUUGCCCACUGCAGGCCAGAACUUCAUCAAGGUGGAAUUGGACGAGGAGGACCUUAGAAAAGGCCUGGAUUUUAAUCACUUCAAAUUUGAGGGAGGAGCCAAUGAGAGACCGGCGGUGACGGGGAGUUCCCGUGGGUGCCCGGCCACUGCACACCAAAACUUUGUCGAGGUGGAGUUGGAUGAGGAGGACGUUGGCGAAGGCUUGGAUUUUAAUCACUUCAAAUUUGAGAGAAGAGCCAAUGAGAGACCGGCGGUGAUGGGGAGCUUCCGUGGGUGCCCGGCCACUGCAGACCAAAACUUUGUCGAGGUGGAGUUGGAUGAGGAGGACGUUGGUGAAGGCCUGGAUUUUAAUCACUUCAAAUUUGAGGGAGGAGCCAAUGAGAGACCGGCGGUGACGGGGAGUUCCCGUGGGUGCCCGGCCACUGCAGACCAGAACUUUGUCGAGGUGGAGUUGGGUGAGGAGGACGUUGGUGAAGGCCUGGAUUUUAAUCACUUCAAAUUUGAGGGAGGAGCCAAUGAGAGACCAAUGGUGACGGGGAGUUCCCGUGGGUGCCCGGCAACUGCAGACGAAAACUUUGUCGAGGUGGAGUUGGAUGAGGAAGACGUUGGCGAAGGCGAAGCAACCCCGGCGGACCUGCUGUGCGCCGAGUGCGGGGAUGGCGACGGCGUCAGCAGACCGAUCCGAACGAAGAGGCCAGCAAGUCGACAGAGUAGCAGUGGUGCUCCAAAAGCGAAGAGAAAGGCCAUUACACUCGAGAUGAAGAAAUACAUAAUAAGGCGAUAUGAAGGUGGAGAAACAGUCCGCGACAUCAGCAAAUCUUUGGGCCUGGCCACAUCAACUGUUUGUGGUAUACACAAGGCCUCCGAGAACAUUAAGGCCAGGGCUCAAAGGAUGACGCCACUCGUUGCAGCGAAACUCACGAGGAAGCGCAGCCCACUGAUGGAAAAUAUGGAGGAGUCGCUGGGCAUGUGGAUAAAGCACCAAAAUGAGCACCGCAUGCCGCUCAGCACGGCGCUCAUCCAGGCGAAGGCGCUCCGAUUGUUCAACGAUUUCAAGAAGAGAGCCGGCGAGAGCGCAGCAAACGAAACAUUCGGCGCCAGCACCGGGUGGUAUGCGAAAUUUAAGGGGCGUUACAACUUGCGCCACCUCAAGAUGACCGGCGAGACUGCAGGUGCUGAUGUCGAAGCAGCCGAGGCAUUCAAGAGUACCCUGAAGGAGAUUAUUGAGGGGGGUGGCUACUCCCCCGAGCAGGUGUUCAACGUCAACGAGACCGGGCUUUUUUGGAAGAGGAUGCCGGCAAGCACGUUCCUAUCCAGGGAGGAAAAGACGGCGCCUGGCUUCAAGGCUUCUAAGGAUCGGCUCGCCCUGCUCGUGGGUGCCAAUGCGGCUGGCGACUGCAAGCUCAAGCCACUGCUGGUGUACCACUCCAAAACGCCAAGGGCUUUGAAGGGCUGCAUCAAGGCCGACCUUCCCGUCAUUUGGCGCUCCAACAAGAAGGGUUGGAUCACCGCGAGCGUGUUUCUCGACUGGCUGAAGAAUCACUUCUGCCCGGCCAUCGAAAAAUACUGCAAAAAAAAGAACCUGGAUCACAAGGCACUGUUACUGCUGAAUAAUGCCCCCGGUCAUCCACCCACACUCUCUGAACUUUCGGAACAUGUCAGGGUGGAAUUCCUUCCAAAAAACACCACACCGUUGAUACAACCCAUGGACCAAGGUGUCAUUCGCACCUUUAAUGUGUACUACAUGCGUCGAACGAUGGAGCAGAUCGUCGCAAACACGGAUAAGGACGUGCAAACAAUACGAGAGUUCUGGCGCUCUUACAACAUCAUGGACGCCAUUGACAACAUCAAUGAGGCGUGGAAUGAAGUGGCGCAGACAACAUUGAAUGCAUGCUGGGGAAAACUGUGGAAGGAAUGCAAGCAUGACCUAACCGGUCUUCAGGAUCCAGUUAAUGAUAUCCAUAGGAUCGUCGAACUUGCCAGGAAUGCUGGAUUUCACGAAGUGGAGCAGGCUGAUGUGGUGGAAGUGUUGGAGUCUCAUGGUGAAGAACUAACAAAUGAGGAAUUUAUUCAACUGAGGAAAGGAUUAGUUUCAGUCGAGGAGGAUGAUGGCGCUGAAGCUACCAAGACACCCACCCCAACGUUUACCCUGCGAAACUUGGCCGAAGCUAACAGAAGAAUUGAAGAAGGACUUGCCAUCUAUGCCCGGAACGAUCCGAACCAAGAACGCAGCAGUGAAGUGAAUCGUGUGAUACGCAAGGCGAUGUCAUGCUACACCGAGCUGUAUCUUGAGAAACAGAGGCAAGCGUCAGAGUCGAAGAUCAAUAGGUUUUUCACCACUUCGACCUCCGUAAGAUCAACUCUAACUGUAACCUCUCUAAUACCAUCCCCUAGUGGCAUGCCAUUGUCCAAACGACAAGAUUCGUCAGAAGAAUCUUCGGAAGAAGAGGCUGACGAUCCUGCCUCUCCUGCCACCCACUAACAUCCUUCUCAUCAACCCAUCUCAUCUCAUAGCACUAUUAUUCUGCUGUACAAAUUGCUAAUUCUUUGUUCAGGGCCUUGGUUAAGGCGCUAUGUAAAUUAAAACAAGAUAGGAACAUCUACCCUUAAAAUAAAAAAAAUCCAGGUCCCUUGCGAGCGCUGUGGUUCUUAAUGCAUUGUGUUAUGCUGAUGUUUUACUACCUUGUUAUGACGAUUAAGUGUAUUUCUCGCGUAAAAAAAACAUUUUUGGAGGCCAGAACAUACAUCUCAGCUUUUAACGCGGGAGGAGUCGAUGGGAACAUGACGGUCGUUUAAACCAAGAUUUCUGUUACCAAUUUUCAUGGAACGUAUCUCCCGCUCGUCAAUCGAGACAUGGCUUGCGUUGAAUUGUAAUGAGUGUGGUGUUUAUGCUGUAAAAAAACACAAUGGUAUCCUUACAGGUGAGCUGCUAAACAACAACCCACACACAAUGUAAACCUCGUGGGAAAAUGGAGAAAACGAUGUGUGAUUUUUUUGUUUGGUUUCGCGUUAUCAUUCUGGACAGUAACUGUUUCCAAGUUUCCAUUCAUGAAUAUGCCAUGGUGAUGACGUUGUAAUGUGUGUAAACUUCGGUCAUUUAAAUGUUUGUAGCAGAAAGGUUAUUUUGGUUUAAAAAUACGUUUUUGUAUUAAAACCUCUGGUCACCCUAUAGCACCACUAGAAUGGAUAUAUCAUACUAUGUUGUUGUUUAGUCUUUAUAUCUAGAAAAGCUUGGUCCCUCAACUAAUUAAAUACGGUUCUGCUUUAACGUGAGAUAUUGGCGACGUGGCUUGCCCAGAAAGCUCCUAUAUGCCUGUCACUUGUUUGCAACCCACCUUAAAUUUUGAUGAACAUCACUCAUUGGUUCAUCACUUAAUUUAUUUCCAACUUGACUGUUUGUCCAUAGAUUCAUUUGUUGACGUGCGUGCAAGUCUUAGCUUCUUUAGAAUGCAGUCGGAUUGUUUUUCAGAUGUGAAGUUUAUCGCAAUGCUCCCACAUAAGUUACAUUGGCUCCCAGUCUCAGCCCUCGCUGAUCUCAAGAUUAGUAUUAUUGAUUCGGGUUCUGUAAACAGCAUUACAAGAUAUAUGUCACCUAUUUUCUAAUAUCCAGGAGCAAACUGUUGAAAGCUGCUGAAUCUGUCGAAGGGCAUGUCACAGACUUGACGGCUCUAUUCGGAACUGGCAGAGCGGUGAGACAAUGCUUGACGUUAGAGAACAAUCUGCAGAAGAGAGCAUCAUGGAACCACUGAGAUCCCUUCACUUUUAUCACACUAGGGGCAGCAUUUUCCCAGCUACCUUGCCAAUAGACCAAUAUGUUGUGUCACGUGACAGUGAAAAACCAUCACGAGUUGAAAACAGAACAUUUUUCAGGCUAAGGGCAAAAACGAAUUUGGCAUGAUGCAUUUUCACACAAUCAUCAUUCACCAGACGGAAACCAUCGUCAACUCACUACACUUGAGAGCAUGGCUCAAUCACAGGUAGCUGUAAGGAUUCAAAUCCAAAAUGAAAGCAGUGCUCUGAUGCUUUAAGCCACAUGGCUAUCUCGAACUGCAAUAUUUUUUAUGACUGAGUUAUUUUAUACAUUAAGAUUUUGAUAUACGGUUAUUCAUGUUGGUAUUUUUUUCUCUCGUCUUAUUCGACUGACUCAUCUUUUGUUUAAAUAUAAUGCAUUUUUUGUUAUAAAUCAGUCUUGCUGGAUGAGCGCAUCUCUACAUCCGUGAAUGUGACAUGUUGGAUGUUUUGAAUUGAUCAUUGAAAAUAAAGACGACGGUUCCUGUGACUAUGCGGAACAAAAAAACA